CUAGUUGGAAAACGUACCUGGAGGAAACAUCUCGUAAACAAGUUUUUCUUCUUAUUAUUAUUAUUAUUCAUUAAUUUUUGUAUUUAUUUUUGAAUUUGUUAACACAGAUAUCUGAAUCGAAAGCUAUGUGGGCGGUCUUUAUUAUACAGAGAAUUUAUGAGCCCGGAACGACCUCACACGCUGAUAAAUAGCUAGCUGGUGGUAGGCAAAGUUAGCAUGUCAGUUAGCUGACAGCGUUAGCCCAGCGGGUGCCAAACUAUGGAUCCGUUGAGCGCAGCCGCGGAUGAAGUGGCUUUGGAGGGACUGGACGGGAUAACCCUUCCCUCCCUGUGGAUACGCCUAGAGGACAGACAGCCCAGGUUUCCCCUCAAGCUCGACGACUGCACCAAGGAGCUUAUCUGGAAGUCACUUAUCAGCAACACCGACCUGAGAUUUUACGAGCUCCCAGAGGGGAGAGAGGAUGUGGUGCUGUCUGACAGGUUUAAAGACAUCGAUCCAGAGACAGGCAUUGAAACAGCACAUAAGUUUCCUGACACAAAGAAAGACGUCUACCCAGUCCACAUCAUUCUAGAAAACAAGGAUGGGAUACAGGGCUCGUGUGCUGUCUUCAAAGAGAGGAAAGACAUCACUAAGCAUGUCCGCGCCAAGUCCCUCACCGCGUUGGUCAACUUGGAGGAGGCGUUGGAAAGAUACGGCCAAAAGCUUGUUGUGGUGGCGUCUCAGACCCUGCGAUUCCGGACUCUGAUUGGUAGCGAGAGCGAUCCUGAUUUAAAACUAAACGACGACUCUUACUGUGUGUUGGAAAGAGUCGGCCGAGCACGCUGGCAAGGAGAGCUCCAGAGUGAUCUGCAUGGAUGCUCUUUCAAGACCGAUGCUCGAAAAUUGCACUACAUGAGGAAGUCUCUUGUCAAACAUGGACUCAUCAGCAUGCAGUCUCAUGUCACACGAGUGAGGUCAGGACAACAGCAACACUCCAUACUUCUGCUGCUCAAACGCUUCCACGUAAACAGGAGGAGUAAGUAUGACAUACUGAUGGAGUACGUGUCCAACCUUCUCCAGCAGUUACCUGGUCAGUUUGCCACUUUGAUCACGCUCAAAGAACAACUUAAUGUGAGCGACCGUACUUUUAAGCGUGUAUUUCAGUACAUGCGAGCGGCCAAGUUGGUCGAGUUUUGCCAGUACCCUCUGGAGGACUUAGAUCCCAGCGCCGGGCCCUGCACCAACAAAAAAGGGAAUAAAGUGCUUGUGCGCUGUUUGAGACUGUUAAAGCCGUAUACAAAGAAGGGUGUCGCUGAUGAUGAUGAUGAGGACGAGGACGAGGAAGACGACGCCGGAGCAAGAAGAAAAGCUUUCCCUCCAGAGGGGCGAAUCAUGGAGAAGGAUGUCCUGUCACAGGCCUAUCACAUCGUAUUAUCCCGUGGUACAAAGGGAAUCCCCCAGACUGGUAUCGGGUAUAGAAUGAACGUUGGUAAACUGGAAUCUCGCAUGCUCUGCCGAAGACUAGAGAGGGAUGGUUUAAUUAAGGGAUUCAUGGAGGACGAGGGUCGGCAGAGGACCACAAAAUUUAUCAGCCACAAUUGUGUGGGUGUGAGCGAUCAGCUCCAGCUGUUUGCAAAGGAGCAGGAACGCAAGAAACUCCUCUACUCCUCUGCACCACAGACAUCAGAUACGGCAACUGCCAUCCCUAAAACGCAACCAUCCUCAGAGACAACAGCAAAAGGAAACACCAAAAAUCCUGCGGCAAAGAAGAUUCAGAAAGCAGGUGGAGAAGGAGACAAAGAUGCCGAGGAAGCUGGGCAGGCAUGUGGUGUUAGAGAAGUGGAAAUGGGGGGUGAAGGUUUGGAAGGAGGUGGAGGUAAAGCGAGAGGAAAGUCAGGGGCAAGAAGAAAGACGACGGGGAAGAAAGGCGGUGUGACAGCGAAUCAGACACAACCUGACAUCCCCACACCAGCUGAAUGUGAAACCCCAGCAAGCAGCGAACCCAAGACCGGUAUGACAUCUGAUGUUCUCAGAACAGAGCAAGCAGCAACUGAGGAUGGAGAGCAAUCCAGCUUAAGUCCUGGCAGCUCUUUGCCUCCGAGUGAGGCAUCGGGUAUUAACCCAGCAGACAACAACAUUGUGGUUGUUAAAGAUGUUGGCCUGCCGCAGACCCCCAGUCGAAAAAAAUCCAGAAAGUCUUUGAAGAGGUCUCACGAGACGUACCGCCUGUUGAGGAGGAAGAACCUGAUCGUCGAGGCCGUCCGCAACUUCAAAAUCAUAGAGGGUCUUUUCCCACUGCAGAAGAUGAUCAAUGAUGAAGAGAAGCAGGACGGAGUCAGCUCAAAGUGUUGCAAGAAAACUAUCUUGCGUCUCGUCCACAGUCUGUCUAGAGAAGGCCUGCUUAAGAUUUACACGACCACUGUCAUACAGGACGGGAUCACCAAGAAGGUUGAGAUGGUCGUUCAUCCGUCUAUUCAGCCCAAUGACGACAUAGUGCACCGAGUUAUUGAGCAGGUCCGCUUCAAGAUCUCCAGCUCUUACUCAGCUGUCCGUCUGCAGCACACUGAAGAGAGAGCCAGAAACCAAGAAAGAGAGUCUGAGGAGACGACGGCGGGCACUUCUAAAGGCCAAAAGAGCAAGGCUGACAGGAAGAGAGCAAGCAUAAAAGACGACAAGGAGUUCAAGCCCACUACAGUUAGAGGAUUGGGUAAGACUUUCGGCUUCCAGCCCAAAAUGCAUCGUCUGCGUGUUGUUCAUAACUUCCUCUGGUACUUGAUGUACGGGCACCCGCUCAGACACAGCUCCACUGGCUCCGACUCGGCCGGUGAAGCACCAGCGAACCUACACAGCUCUGAUCCUGAAGCCAGACACCCAGACAACCACGAAAAACAAGACCUGAGAGACACGCAGAACUCCACAAACACGGACGGACAAAAACAACCGUCUGAAAAAGCUGCCUCCGGCUCCGCUCACCCACAAACUGCAGAUUCUACUGUGUCUAAAUUGGACGUGACAUCAGGUGACGAAGAGGAGGAGCAGAAGGAAGAAUCAACACCUGGUCACUCUCAGUCUGACAUGAAAGUGUACGCCGAUGAAGAGUCGUGGAAGAAAUUCAUUCCUCCUGUCCGCGUCCACAAAGAGUUUAGCAGCGGCUGGGCGAUGGUGGGCGACCUGCUCCUCUGUCUGCCUCUCUCCGUCUUCAUUCAGGUCAUACAGAUCAACUACAAGGUGGAUGGACUGGAGGAAUAUCUUAACGACCCCGUGAAACAACACCAUCUUGUUAGAGUGCUGCCCGCCAGAAUGAAAAGACAGCUGCUUUAUAGACGGAAAUACCUCUUCUCAUUUCAUGAGAACCUGCAGAAAUUGGCCUACAUGGGUCUGCUGCAGUUUGGACCUGUGGAGAAGUUCAAGGAGAAAGACCAGGUGUUUGUGUACCUGAGACGUAAUGCCACCAUUGUCGACACCACCAACGCGGAGCCGCACUACUGGCUGGUCACAGAGUCACCCGAAAAACCCUUUGACAGGCGCCAGUACACAUUCAACACUGCUGAGGAUGUUGAAAACUACUGGUUUGACCUGAUGUGUGUCUGCCUCAAUACACCACUGGGGGUAAUCCGAAGUAAGAGAAAUGUCACAGAGGAGGAUGCUGCUCCUUCCUUUGUGCACGAGCGCAACGUGUUCGUAGGAAUGGCAUACCUGCUAAAGGGCAGUCGUGAAGUGUGUGAUGACGGGGUGAUACCAGGAGACGGUAAAGGAGCAGGAGGUCUGGAUUCAGAAUUUUUUGCUCAUCUUAAACGAAACUGGUUGUGGACCAAUCACCUACUUUCUGUCAGAACGAACCCAAGUGGUUUGGAAUCGAAGGAAAACAAAAUCCGACUGAAGAGCUUGCUGUGUAAAAACGCUCUCAGGAUUGCUCUCAAUGCCGGAGGAACUACGACACCUCGUUAUGUGACCACCAAGCGACCACUGAUGGCAGAAAAUGUCGAGGUGGGUAUAGAGCCUGCCACCAGAAACCAGCAGGUGGUCGGUGGAAAGAGACAGAAGAGGAAGAGAAGCAAAAAGGAGGUUGUCAAGGUCCCACGCAAGAAGAAGAAAGAGCCGAAGAAACGCACCCCAGCCCAUGACGAGGCGGACCACCGAGCUUUGAAAAUGAUGACCAGGCAACGAGUCUACUGGUCUGUACAGGAAGACUCACUGAUGAUGCUCUGCUCUGUGGCCUCACACCUGCUCAACAGCAAGUUAAAAAGGCCAUUCGUACCUUACUGCGUGGUGAGAGACCUGCUCCACGCAGAGUUUGAGAUAUCGAUGGAUAAAACAUCUGUUGCUGUCGGACGUCGCUCACGAUACAUCCUCAAGAAUCCUCAGACGCUCCUGAACUACAGGAUCUGUCUGGCUGAGGUGUACCAGGACAAAACUCUGUUGAAACUGUUGGAGGAGAAGAAACCCGGUGAUCCUGAUAAACCACAGGAUUGCGCCGAAGCUUUCUCGGAGUAUGCCCGGCUUCUCAGACAGAAGUUCAGCUCUGUCAUGAGCGCUCAUGAUAUGGUCAUGCCUGACACCAAGCAGCAUCUCUUCUCACGGUUUAAGGUUUCCACAAUAGACAAUGGAAAGCGGGUGUCCGACAAAGAUGCUCUCAACUGCACAGACGACAUUCACGCCAUAGUGUUACAUAACUUGAUCCAGAGCACUCUGGCCAUGACCAACAGUCAGAUGAAGUCGUCCAGAUCCUUUCAGACCUUCCACAUGUACAGUAAGUACAACCAGGAGCUUCUCUGCCAAGUGUUCAUACGAUGCCGGAAGAGGGGUCUGGUCAACCGCCGUCGUGUCAAUCAGCCGUUUGGGCCGAAGAAGAACCGAGCGCUGCCCAUCCUGCCCAUGUCCUACCAGCUGUCCCAGUCCUACUACAGGUGUUUUUCGUGGCGUUUUCCUCACUCGCUGUGCACGGAUUCCUUCCGCUUCUUAAAGAGUCUAAUUAACAACGGGACAAGAGACGACAGACCCGUUACUGUGUUUCACCAUGAAACCGAAAACAGGUCCGAGAACGGGGAGGAAGUGUUGGAGAAACAAACAGGGUCAAAAAGAAGAGAAAAACAAAGCGGAGGAAAGGCUGGUGGCAGACCAGCGAGCGAACAAGAGGCACAACCGGAGGAGGCAAACGCUGAGUCAACAGAGAAAGGGGAGAACGACCAAAGUCAAGCGGAAGGAGAAGAGAAGUUAAUGGAGGUAGACGUGAACAGUGACGUGAUGAACCAAACAGAUGAGCAGAAGAGCACAGAAGAUUGCCUCACAGCUGGCUCCGGUGAAGAUCCAGCCAAAGAGGAGCCAGCAGGAGGGGCUGCAUCCUCAGACGCAGCGCCUCGAGUUUCAGAGGACCCCCCGGAUGUGUCGGACAUGCUGCAGUUCUCUCUGGAAUCUCCAGGUGGAGCCUGUGUGGUCUCUCUCAGCCUGAUGUCUCUGGGACUGCUGAGUGUGUACAUGUCGAUACCAAAACAGAUGGUGGUGGUGGACAGCAACCUGGUGGACAACGAUGUAGUCAAGAGCAUGGCAGCACUGGAGGAAGAGGAGGAUGAUGAUUACGACGGUGAGGAGUGUGAGGGGAGAAAGAAGCUGGAGGUGAAGGCACAUCAAGCCUCACACACCAACUACCUGAUGAUGCGAGGAUACUGCUGUCCUGGCAUCGUCAAACUACGUAACCUCAACACCAGUGAUAACAUUGUGGUGGAGUCCUGUGUUAUGAAGUUGCAGCUGCGCAACACACCUGCUCACCACAUGUUCAGUACGGAGAAAUCUCCACCACUGGACUUCAAUAAAUGUGGUCCAUCCCUGCUGCCCUCCAUCCUCACCUACUCCAUCUGUUCCUCCACCUGGAGUGACAGGCGGGAGUGUGACAGGCGUUUGAUCCAGCAAAGAGGAUACACUCCUCAGGACAUAGAGGCGUGUGCUCAGCUCAGGAGGAGCUUGGAUGAAGCUGGCGAGAAGGGCUUGGAUGUGCACAACCUCUACCAGGCUCACACACACCGGGAGGAGCCACAGCCCGGACGCACCAGGAGCCUGCAGCAGUACAUGAGGGAGUUACAAGAAGAAGGCCAGGUGUUGAGAGUCGGGGGCUUUGGCGUCCGUUGGGUGCUCACGCAGCAUGCCGAGCCGUGGCUGCUGACUGUGAACUCCAAGCAGUGGUCCCAGUCACGCUUCACGUCUGACCGACUCCCAUUUUUGGAGAAUCAGCACAACAUCCCCUUCAUGCGCAAGAGAUGCAGGCGAGAGGCCCAACAGGAGACACAGGAACCACCGGCCAAAAAAACUGCUGUGGAUGGACAAGAGAGCGAAGACAGACCGGACGCAGAGGAAGCAGAGACAAAAAUGCAGAAAGAGGAUGCAGAGGAGGCAAGUGGAGACAAACAGUCGAACUCGAAAGAAGAGGGGGGAGAAAAGCAGACCAGGCGUGAAGAGGAAGGAGAGGAGGAGGCUGGACAGGAGAAGGUGGAAACUGAGGAGAGACGGGAAGAAAAGAGAGAGCGCAGAGUCAGAAAGGACAUUACAUACGAUGAAAGAGUUGAAGAGGCAUUCUCUCCCCUGACAGGAUUAGCUGAGGCUGACGAAAAUGUGAGUUUCAUCAGCCGGCCGUGGCGCAUGGUGGACGGCAAGCUGAACCGGCAGGUGUGCAAGGGCAUGCUGGAGGCCAUUCUUUACCACAUCAUGUCCCGACCCGGACUCACACAGCAGACGCUUGUAGAACAUUACAAAGAUGUGCUGCAGCCAAUGGCGGUGCUGGACCUCGUGCAGGCACUUAUAGACAUGGGCUGCGUGACCAAAAAAACUCUGGUCAAAGGUCCGAAGCCCUCGCUGUUCACCCGCUCCGUGCACCAGACAAGAAGUGAGACAGAGGUGAAGAUCGAGGAACCCGGCGCAGUGUUUUAUGAGCCCACCAUCAGCUGCUGCCUGCGGCUCAGCCAGGUGUUACCCAACGAACGUCACUGGAACUACUGUAUACCGUGAGAGUGUUCUUCGACCUCACAUGACCGGCACUUGGCCUUACCUGCCUUGACCUGUCACCAGGUUGGACACACAGAAAGGCUUUUGAAGUUUAAGCCUCGAGGAGCUGAGUAAAAAGUUGUAGCAACAGUCAGACUGUUGUGAUACCUAAAUAAUGUGAUUUUUACAAAAAGCUUGGUUCCAUCAAUUCUGGUUUUACAGAACACUGAUUUCUUUGUGAUUUUUUUCUUUGUGCUCUAAAAUUAAUUUUAGUUUUUUGUGUUCGGUUUUUGUACUCCAACUUAAAACUAUAAAUAAAAAUGCAUCACACGAAAUUCUUGACUUAAAUUUGUGUUCCAGCAAAGUGGGUGCGUUUUAGUAGUA